AUGAUUUCAGGGGCGGCUUCAUGUUUCCCCAAUGCAUCACAAGGUUUACCGAUGUAUCCUGUGGCUGCAGAAAACAUUGUUUCAUCUUCCCUUGAAGCAGCUGGUUCAGGCCCAGAGGCUCAUACAGGCUCUCUCUUUUAUAAUCUCUCAAUCCUGAAAGAUAGGGUUCAUCAGGUUCAGUCACUCGUUAGCAUCAUUAUCUCUCCAGAUCAAACCCACCCUGAGUCAACGUCUUUAGCUAUAGCAAGCAUGGGUUCUCUGGUUCAAGACAUCAUUUUAACAGCGUCUUCGAUGAUAUUCGUUUGCCAACAAAUGUCUCUUGGAACCACCUUAGGUAACAAUAGCACAACUGAAUUGCACCAACAACGAGUUAGAGUAAUUCCUGAUAAUGGGAUAUCUCAACAGCCAAACUUUAGUGAUAAUUGUGUUGGUAGCACAGUUCAAGAAAGAGGACAAGGCUUUUAUUUUAGUACUGGUCAAACAACUAGCUGGUAUGGUGACCACUGCAACAACCAUAACAACAACAAUAGCAAUAGCAGUCGAAGUUUGAAAGUUAGCAGUAAUGGUAAGCUGGAAAGGAAAGAAAUGACUGAAUUGCCUCGAAGAAGCGAAAUUAGUGAAGGGUCACAAGGGAUUUCAGCGAAGAAUUAUGAUAUAAUCGAAUUGGAUGCUGCGGACUUAUUAGCUAAGUACACACAUUACUGCCAAGUUUGUGGUAAAGGGUUCAAACGAGACGCAAAUCUGAGAAUGCACAUGAGAGCUCAUGGUGAUGAAUACAAGACCAACGCUGCUUUGACUAACCCCAUGAAGAAUAACGAGGGAAGUAGUAAUGCCAUGGGAAACUGUUCGACGAAAUUGCCCAAGAAAUAUUCAUGUCCUCAUGAAGGUUGUAGGUGGAACCAGAAACAUGCCAAGUUCCAACCACUGAAAUCCAUGAUUUGUGUGAAGAAUCACUACAAGAGGAGCCAUUGUCCCAAGAUGUAUGUUUGCAAGCGAUGUAACAGGAAGCAAUUCUCCGUACUUUCGGAUCUCCGAACUCAUGAAAAGCACUGUGGUGAUCUUAAGUGGCAAUGUUCAUGCGGUACCACAUUUUCCAGGAAAGAUAAGCUUAUGGGUCACGUUGCUUUGUUCGUUGGGCACAGUCCAGUACUUGUUACUAAUUCUUUGACAAAGCAAGGAAAGCUCGAGCACCAAAGCCACCACGAUGCAACUAGUCAAUAA